AUGAGAUUGGGUGCCGUGAACGUGUACAGACUGGAAGACGUGGACAGUCUGCUGAAAUCCCAGUCACGUGAGCUGUCACGUGACAAGAAGACAGUCUUGGUCUUCCAUUGUGAAUUCUCUUCACAACGAGCGCCUAAACUACUACGUUACCUGAGAAACGCCGAUCGUCAACAGAACAGCGACCAGUACCCCAAGCUGUUCUUCCCUGAGAUCUACCUUCUCAGUGGCGGAUACAAGUCUUUCUUCACCCAGUGUCAGAACUACUGCACGCCCGUGGACUACGUGCCCAUGCUUGACAGGACACACGCUGAUGAUCUACGUCACUUCCGGACCCGCUCCAAGUCUUGGACAGCAGGACAGAGCAGACGUCGAGGUGACCAGCUGCAAACGCUGUGUACGUCACUGUCGUUCGAAUGAAGUGCAACAAAUUCAUUAUACUGCAUCGACGUCAUUGUGAAGUGUAGAUACGUCAUUCUGCCAUCUGUUAUGUGGUGUCGGUGGAUGUUUACCCACUUUAACUGUUUUGCAUAUGAACUAUUUACUGUCAGUGUGUAAAUACUUUUACUGCAGCGGAUGUUAUCUGGAAAAAAUUAUUGUGCAAAUAUGUUAUGUCAGCGGAUGUUAUCUGACAAAAAAUACUAUGCAAAUAUGUUGUCAGCGGAUGUUAACUGGCGAAAUUACCAUGUGCAAAUAAUGUUAUGUCAGCGGAUGUUAUCUGACAAAUUACUGUGCAAAUAAUGCUAUG